UACUUGUACCAACACCAACCACUUAAAGAAGUCCCAUCCUUAAUCCAUUGCAAUAGAUACAAAUGGCGGGCGGCUGGCCUCGAAUUUCUUUUUUGUUGAUUGUUAUUUCGCUCGAUAUGCCAGUCGAGAGAAUGGCCUACUUCGCUCUGAUGCCCUUCUGCCUUACUUCAGCUGAAGAGAUGGAAAAAUCGUGCAUGUUUAGAAUGACUUUGCACCUCGGACGAAGAUGGUCACAGGUUUUCUCUCUCUUCGUUGAAAUGGAAUUCGAAUGAUUUUUCUCGUUUCUCCUCACGAUGACCUCUGAAGGCGCAGAAGUUGAGGACCUCAGAAUCCAAAAAGCGACAGUUCCCGUUGAAGAUAACCGUAACCUCCAGAGAAUCCAGAGCAACCGCAUGAUGCUGGACCUGAGGCGGCAGGUCCAGUGGCAGAGCCAAGUCAUUCGAGACUUGAAAGCAGAACGUGAUCGUCUAACCAGCGAACUUGCCUCUCGCCUGUUCUACGUAGAAGCACAGCUGCGGAGAGAACAGAAGCACAUAGAAGCUCUUUUAAGCGAGAAGGAUCAGUAUAUUCAUUUCCAAGCUCUUCAAAUACAAUCUCUUAAAUCCAUGCUUGCACGGACUGAUUUGAGAUAUCGGCAUGACCACAACGAUUGCAAUCCAUCAACUGGAAGGAGGACGAAAUUAGCUCCGCCAUUGUCCAAGAGGUUUUCUGUAGCUUUGGACGAAUACAUAAAAGAUAAGGGAAUAGUCUCCAGAGCUUUGCCUGUUAUGGUGAACGUAGAAGCAGAAAACGAUAAAAACAAGACUUCUUCUAAGCGAUCUCAUUCCACGUGUACGCGCACGCGAAGUAUGCCAGAAUUAAGGCUGGAUAAUGUUCCAGAAUAUGAAAAUCUUGAGUGGAGUAAAGUACGGGAAAACUAUUAUGCUGCUUGGUAUCAGAAUAGUCCCGAGCCAAUCUUGUCUCCAAAUGUUAUUGAAGAGUUAGCCGCAAGACGUUGGACAUCUGACUGUGAUUCGGAACAUUCUGAUUCGCUAGAUUCUGGUAUAUCAAGUCCUAGUAUCAAAUCAAGAAAUGACCAUUUGAAUGAAAUUUCUUUUCCUAAUGGUAAAGACAAUAACGUUGCUCAGUCUGAUCAUGUUCCUUGUAGGCGCAGCUCAUCUAUAGGGAACUUUAUUAACCGCACAUUUUCUUCAUCAUCUACUCAACUCGAGAAGAUUAAGGAUGAUUGUGAGCUCUCUGAGAAUAUAGUCAGCAAUGCUCGUCGUCAUAGUUCUUUUUCUGGGAUAGAAACGAAAGAUUGUCUGCAAGGACAGGAAUCAAUGCAAAAAAUAAUUGAACAGCCGAAAUCGACGAGUCGUUUUGUAAGUUCUGCUAAUAGAAAUUUCGGAACAAAUCACAGAUCAGUGACAAAACCCAGAGAUAUAAAAUUCAGGAAACUUUUUAAGUUUCGUCGCCGUACCGAAACAAUCAUAGAUCAGGAGAAUUCGCCUUGUGAUGAUUAUAUGACUGUCUAAGACUAAAAUAUGAUGAUAAUGAAAUGACAUUAUUGCAAUUAAUAUACUGAAAAAUGAAUUUAUUUCUUUCAUAAAUGUGCUUCUAAACUAAUUUGCAACGAAUGCGACCAGAUUUUUGAAAAUAACAUUUAUGUAUUUUUUAAAGAUUUGAAAUUAUUCAUUAUUAAAAGUUCCUAACUUCUAAAUAAAUUAGUGCAUUUUUAGAUUUCGGAUUAAUUUCAGAUAAAGUCUUAAUUACUUAGAAGACAACGUUUUAAUGCAAAAUUUAAAAUUAGGCGAAAAGGAACCCUUAAAUUGUCGAUGCAUUUGAAUAAAACUCUAUCAAUUUCGAAAGUGAUCAUACAUAAAACGUCCCUCUUCUUCAGGAGCAAAACAUUUUGCCUCCUGAAGGAGCGGGCAAUGUCUGAUCUACUUUGAAAUGGAUAGAGUUUUAUUCACAAUCUACGCCAAACUAAAAUUGCUUUUUUAGCUACUUUAAAGUCUUAAUUACAAUAUUAGAACAGAGACAAAUAAAAGAUAUGAAAAAAUAUUAUAUGAAAUUAAAUUAUAUGCAUUGUUAUUAUGCGAGUGAAGGAGAUUGCAGAAAUAUCUCGAUAUUUUGACUAUACAAAGUCAAAUAUAGACUUAAAAAGGAUUUAAAAUGUAAUUAGUAUUUACAAUCUAGAAAAUAAUAAUUCACAAAUAUAGUAUUUCAGUAAUUUCUAAUCAAUAAAAUCUGCAAAAAAGUAAUAAUUUCUUCUUUCUUUAAA